AUGGCUGUAGGGAAUCCAGACACUUGGAUUGCGCAGCUGCGCGAAUGCAAAUAUCUCCCCGAGGAAGACAUGUUGCUUCUAUGCGAGCAGGUUCGGCAAAUUAUGCUGGAAGAAAGCAACAUUCAGCCGGUGUCGAGCCCUGUAACGGUAUGUGGUGACAUCCACGGUCAAUUUUGGGACCUUCUUGAGCUCUUCCGUGUCGGUGGCGACUUGCCUGACACGAGCUAUGUUUUUAUGGGUGAUUUUGUGGAUCGCGGGUUCUUCAGCUUAGAGACCCUCUCUCUGCUUAUGGCUCUAAAAGCUAGAUAUCCGCACCGUAUUACUUUACUGCGUGGUAACCAUGAAAGUCGUCAAAUUACGCAGGUAUAUGGCUUCUACGAUGAAUGCAUGCAGAAGUACGGCAGCGCGAGCGUAUGGAAGAGUUGCUGCCAGGUGUUUGACUAUUUGAAUAUCGCCGCCAUCAUUGAUGGCCGUGUUCUCUGUGUGCACGGUGGCCUGAGCCCAGAACUGCGCUCCCUGGACCAGAUUCGUACGAUUAUGCGACUACAGGAAGUCCCGCAUGAAGGUCCCUUCUGCGACUUGAUGUGGUCCGAUCCGGAAGAGAUUGAGACAUGGAGCGUUAGCCCUCGUGGUGCUGGCUGGCUCUUUGGCCGUAUGGUCACAAAAGAAUUCAAUCACUUGAAUGGAUUGGAGCUUAUUGCUCGUGCCCACCAACUUGUACAGGAAGGAUUCAAACUUAUGCAUGAUAACAACAUUGUGACUGUAUGGUCAGCCCCGAACUACUGUUAUCGAUGUGGCAAUGUGGCCUCUGUGUUCCAAGUCGACGAUCUGCUCGAAGUCGAUAACAAGAAAACCGACAGUUCGGAUGAGCAGCAGCAAGGCUCGCGCUUCAACUCAACUCACUUCAAAAUCUUCGAUGCAGUGCCUGAUCAAGAAAGGAUGCACCCUACACGAAAUAAUACAGCAUCGCAGUACUUCUUGUAA